UCUCAUUUCAUUCUUUCUCUCUCACCACUCUCCGUCUCCCUCUUUCUUCCCUCAAUUCCUCAAAUUGUAUAAUAAGAAUCCUUAAUUGUGGAUUCUCAAUUCCGCUCUCGUUCUCGAAUUCCACUAUGCUAAGAUGGAGAAGUCUCCUCUCGCUGAAAAGCUCAUUUUCAUCAUCUUCGGCGGCCACGAAAACCAUCCUCGCUCCAUUUCAUUCGACCAGUGUUCUGUCUGAGAAAUCGAGGAAGCACUUUGGUUCCGAUAGAGCUUCCAAGGGUGGUGCUGGUGGUACAACUUCUGAAUCUUCUUCAAAAAACUCGUCCAUAAGGUUCACCUGUACCGUUAAGGAGAAGGGUCGUCGCACUAGUGCUAAAAAGACUGUAGACAAGCUUCUCUUCCACAGUGGACUUAACGAUCCGAUUCAGAAUGAGUGGAACAUUGGUCCAAAUCCGCUUAUCCGAGAUAGGCAUAUGAAGAAAAAAUCUCCACCUGGCAGGGGAAAGAAGCCUCGUGAUAAGAAAACAAAACGGUGGCACAGAGAAGGAAACACCGACGAUGACUUCGGCGCUGAUGCUACUACUAACAAAUUUGAGAACAAAUGGAGAGAAGCCUGGACAAACCAAUCUCAGAAGGCCUCCUCGUAUUCGAGGGACUCGGCAUCAUCGGGGUUUCAAUGGAGAGAAGGAUGGAGCUGGACUACUCAGUCUCAAAGGAGGAGCAAAACCUGGAACAAUAAUGGGUCUUGCGAUGAUGAGCCUUUGAUGGUUGGGUCUCAGUCUGAUAGGAAAGCUCUUGGUCUACCUCUAGCUGGUCCCCUCAAACUAGAAGAUGUUAAGAACGCCUACCGUUUAUCAGCUAAGAAAUGGCAUCCUGAUACAAACCAGGGGCCUUCUCAGGCAGCGGCUCAAGAGAAGUUUAAACUCUGCGUUGAUGCAUACAACUCUCUCUGUUAUGCACUCUCUUGACAUUUACACAGAGUCAUUGAUUGAUACAUCAUUCUUUAGUAGGAAUCUAGAGUUUUUUGAAGUUGCUUAGGCUGCUUACGAGAGAUCCAAUGGUUAUCUCAUAUGAUGGAUUUGAGUCAUCAGAAUACGUGUCUCUCAACCUUUCCAUGCAUUUGAUAACCAGAAAAAAGACGAUAAUAUAUGAAAUUGAUUUACUUUAAAGUA